CUGUACCUGCUGUAUUCCAGUUCCGAAUGUACGUCAACCCCCUUGCGUCACUCCGGACUGUCACUCGGCUGUUCUUGACUGUCUACUGGGUCAUACGCGUGUAUGAGUCAGAGAGGCACAUGUUGUUUCUCCGACGUAUGCGCAUAAAAGCCGGGAAGGAGCAGCGCUUUCCGUGUUUGCCGGACUCGGAUACUGCCGCGAAGACGAUAAAUACACCUGCUUCAACGUUCCGAAACAUCGAGUUUUCCACUACGCAAGUGAAUCAUUCGCCUGUACUUCCUAUUGAUUUCUCCAGCUCCAUAUCCGACUAUGUUUCCCGGCGCGUUACUUGCUCUUCUUGCCGGCCUUGCGGCUGCCAAUCCCAUCCCUCGUACCGCAUGCACGUACACAGCGAUCGAGCCUAUUUUCUAUGGAUCGUCUGAGGUUGUCGAAGUUGGUCUUCGUCUGUUCGACGCUGGCGAUGACUCAUCCGUGUGCACGCCGCUGAGCGACCUGAUCACUGGGCCGGUGUAUCUCUACCGUCCGGGUGACCCCUCAUUCGAACCACUCAAAGUUGGUUACUGGAACGGCCUGAAUUCCUCCGAUCCUGCCAACACGAUCUUCGCACCUGAUGUGAACCCGAAAGGUUAUGGCUACCAAGUCAAGAUCGUACCCGAUUCCCACUCACCAACACACGAAGUCGUUACAAGUGGCACCUUCCCUAUCGUCUCCCAGGACUGGUUCGACCAGAGCUACGAUUCGGUUUGGAUUCUCACACCAGACCCAGUGGACGAUAACACGAAGUGGGAUGCGAAGGGUCAACAACUGCUGGUUUGGCAAUACACCAAGUUCGACACCUUUGAUGUCCUCCUCUACAAGUCGACCGACGUGACGUGGGGACCUCUUACACUUGCCCAUGUUACGAAUGCCGAGCCACUCCAGGGCCAGUCUGAGUACACGGUAUCCGAGUUUUACUUCGAGUACCCGGGCAAGCUGCCUGAAGGGUCGGACUUCAUUGUCGUCCUCCAGACGUCCGCGCAGAACAAAUCGGAGGUGAUCGCCCUCACAGGUUUGAUCCAAAUUGUGGACUACCCAGUCACCACGAACACAUACGCAUAUACGUACACACCCGUCAGGACAAUCACGGGCGAGGCCACUCCUGGUUAAAGGACUUCCCAAUGCGAUGUCUUUCCACAUGGGGAAAGUAUUUGCGGACUUCUUCGUUUUGGAUCAUACGGCCUAGACAUAC